GCGGUAAUUAUGUAUGUACAACACGGUUCGGAUCUUAAUCACGUCAAAUUGUUAAUUUUAUAGUUUUUCGUUGCAUAUAAUUGUAAUUAACAAAGCGCUUUGAAGUGAUAAGACUUUGAGUUAGAAGCAUUUAGAGAAAAUUAAAUGUAAUAAGCGUACAUUUGUUUCGCGAACACUGUUAAUAUCGCCCGAAAAAAAUAUUCGCGACUUCGACCGGUAACAAACGAUUGGAAACGACCCAAAAGAUAAAUCAGCAUAGCAAAAUGAGGAAUUUCACUUCUUUCGCGAUUGUCCUAUUGCUCUUCGUAGGAUAUUCACAAACUACCAAUAUUUUCGAUAUAUUUGGAAACAAACGUAUUGCUAUCAUGGGUCAUGAACUUGAUAUGGGAAGUGGUUUCAAAAUUGACGAAGGUUUUCUGGAUGGUUCUCCGGGAGUAGAACGACACUUGACUAGUGAUAAACAUGAGGGUGGUCAACAAGAAAGUGGUCAACAAGGAAGUGGUCAGCAAGAAAGUGGUCAACAAGGAAAUGGUCAACAAGAAAGUGGUCAACAAGGAAGUGGUCAAGAGGGAAGUGGUCCACAAGGAAGUGGUCAACAAGGAAGUGGUCAACAGGGAAGUAGUCAACAAGGAAGUGGUCAACAAAGAAGUGGUCAACAAGUCGGUGAAGGAAGUGAUGAACAAGGAGGUAGUGAACACGCUCAUCAACAUGGAGGUGGUCAACAUAGAGGUGGUCAACAUGGAGGUAUUCAACAUAAAGGUGGUAAACAUGGAAGUGGACAACAUGGAAGGGGUCGACAUGGGAGUGGUCAACAUGGAGGUAGUCAACAUGGAAGUGGUAAAAGAGGAAGUAGUCAACAGAACAAUAGUCAAUGUAAUCAGAAAACGAAUGGUAGGCAAGAAGGUGAUCAACAAGGAAGCGGCCACCAAGGAGGUAAUGGUAAACAAGAAGGUGGUAGAUUAGAAGGUGGUCAACAAAGUGGUCAACAAAGUGGUCAACAAAGUGGUCAACAAAGUGGUCAACAAAGUGGUCAACAAAGUGGUCAACAAAGUGGUCAACAAAGUGGUCAACAAAGUGGUCAACAAAGUGGUCAACAAAGUGGUCAACAAAGUGGUCAACAAAGUGGUCAACAAAGUGGUCAACAAAGUGGUCAACAAAGUGGUCAACAAAGUGGUCAACAAAGUGGUCAACAAAGUGGUCAACAAAGUGGUCAACAAAGUGGUCAACAAAGUGGUCAACAAAGUGGUCAACAAAGUGGUCAACAAAGUGGACAACAAAGUGGUUCUCAACAGGAAAGUGGCCAAAAAGGAGGUAGUCAACAACAAGAUGGAGAAAAAGGAGGUUCUCAACAGGAAAGUGGCCAGAAAGGAGGCAGUCAACAACAAGAUGGAGAAAAAGGAGGUUCUCAACAGGAAAGUGGCCAGAAAGGAGGCAGUCAACAACAAGAUGGAGAAAAAGGAGAUUCUCAACAGGAAAGUGGCCAGAAAGGAGGUAGUCAACAACAAGAUGGAGAAAAAGGAGAUUCUCAACAGGAAAGUGGCCAGAAAGGAGGUAGUCAACAACAAGAUGGAGAAAAAGGAGGUUCUCAACAGGAAAGUGGCCAGAAAGGAGGUAGUCAACAACAAGAUGGAGAAAAAGGAGGUUCUCAACAGGAAAGUGGCCAGAAAGGAGGUAGUCAACAACAAGAUGGAGAAAAAGGAGGUUCUCAACAGGAAAGUGGCCAGAAAGGAGGUAGUCAACAACAAGAUGGAGAAAAAGGAGGUUCUCAACAGGAAAGUGGCCAGAAAGGAGGUAGUCAACAACAAGAUGGAGAAAAAGGAGGUUCUCAACAGGAAAAUGACCAGAAAGGAAGUAGUCAACAAAAGGAUGGAGGAAAAGGAGGUUCCCAACAGGAAAGUGGCCAGAAAGAAGGUAGUCAACAGAAAGAUGGUGAAAAAGGAGGUUCUGAACAGGAAAAUGACCAGAAAGGAAGUAGUCAACAAAAGGAUGGAGAACAAGGCGGUUCUCAAGAAGAAAGUGACCAAAACGAAGGAAAUCAACAAGAGGGUGGUAAAAAAGGAGGAUCUCAACAAGAAACUGGUCAACAAAGCGGAAAUCAACAAGGAAGUAGUCAACAGGAAAGUAAACAACAAACAACUGGCCAGCAAAAUAGUCAACAAGGAAGUGGUGACUCUUCGGAGAAUGAUGGAUUCAAAAGUGACCUUCUCGUCGUACACAACACAGUUGAAAGCAGCAACUGAAACUAAGGACUCCGGACAAUAGAAGUAAAAUAUGCAACAGUAUCUGAAAUAGAAGCUUAUAAUAUUUAUAUAGAACAACACUCAAUAUAAGUUUGGUUGUCAAUAUAAUAAUGGAAGGGGUAUUAUUUUUGUUUUUUUGUUUAUAUAAAUUUGUCAAAUUUUUGGGUAAUAAAGGAAACUUACUGAAUUA